GAGAGAAACGAGGCUAGAGUGGCUAAACGUGAGUGAGCGAGCGAAAGAAGUAGGAUUGUCAAAGUUGUACUGCAGCACCGCAGUUAUCGCAAAACCAGUUGCCGAGUAGGAAUUAUUCUAUGUGUAUACGUGGUUGAACACUCCAGGAAGGCAAAUUUUGUCAAAGUUACAAGAUGUUUCGCAGUUCAACAAAUUUUGAUAAAUUAUUAGAUAAGGCGACGAGUCAUCUGCAGUUAGAGCCAGACUGGCCUACAAUUUUGCAGAUUUGUGAUCUUAUACGCCAGAGCGACGUUCAACCAAAAGCUGCACUCGCUGCUAUAAGAAAGAAGAUGAUAAACAGUAAUCCGCAUGUAGCACUGUAUGCCUUAUUGCUACUAGAGUCUUGUGUGAAAAAUUGUGGAACAUUGAUUCAUGAUGAGAUAGCUACCAAACAAUAUAUGGAACAACUGAAAGAAUUGGUUAAAACCUCUCCACAUGAAAACGUCAGACUAAAAACUUUAGAGCUAAUACAAGCUUGGGCUCACGCAUUUCGUCAUAGUCCCAAAUAUAGGACAGUUCAAGAUACAUUAAAUAUAAUGAAAGCUGAGGGUUAUCAAUUUCCUGCUUUGAAAGAAAGCGAUGCUAUGUUCAGAGCUGAUACAGCACCUGCAUGGGCAGAUGGUGAAGUAUGCCAUCGGUGUCGUGUAACUUUUGGCAUGGUUCAACGGAAACAUCACUGCAGAGCGUGCGGUCAAGUCUUUUGUGCUCAAUGUUCGAGUAAGGUCUCUACUUUGCCAAAAUUUGGAAUUGAGAAAGAAGUACGAGUUUGUGAAGCAUGUUACGAACAAGUUAACAAACCUUCCUCAACACAAACCAAAGAUACUGACCUUCCAGUGGAAUAUCUCAAAAGCCCUUUAGCUCAGCAACAACAAGUUCCAAAUCGAAAAACAGAAGAAGAAUUGCGAGAAGAGGAAGAAUUAAAUCUAGCAAUAGCCUUAAGUCAAAGUGAAGCUGAACAAAAAGAAAAAGAAAAGAAACGUGCUUCAAGUGUUAUAAAAUCCAAUCCAACUCCCAUAUCUAGAACAACAUAUUCUCCACCACCAUCUCCUGGUCCAAGCCCUUCACAGAUACAAGAUGACGAUGAGAUUGAACCUGAACUUGCUAAAUAUCUAAAUCGCAAGUACUGGGAACAAAGACAAAAUGUAAACGAAGAGCAUGGAUCAAGAGUGGAUGUGACUAGUCCAUCUGCACCUAAUAUAAUAAGCAGUCCAAUGCCCCAAAAACUUAUAUUAGUAAAACAGGAAAAUGGUGAAAUUGAUACUCAAAUGGAAGAAUUUGUAAGCGGUUUAAGAUCUCAGGUCGAAAUUUUCGUAAACAGAAUGAAAAGUAAUUCCUCCAGAGGUAGAUCGAUUGCUAACGAUAGUUCGGUUCAAACUUUAUUUAUGAAUAUAACAGCUAUGCAUUCCAGAUUAUUGAGAUAUAUCCAAGAACAAGAUGAUAGCAGAGUGUAUUAUGAAGGCUUACAAGAUAAAUUAACUCAGAUGAAAGAUGCUAGAGCUGCUUUGGACGCACUUCGUGAAGAACACAAGGAAAAAUUACGCAGAAGAGCAGAAGAAGCUGAGAGACAGCGGCAGUUGCUAAUGGCACAAAAAUUGGCGAUCAUGCGAAAGAAGAAGCAAGAAUAUUUGCAAUAUCAACGCCAAUUAGCUUUACGAAAAAUUCAAGAACAAGAAAGAGAAAUGCAAAUGCGUCAAGAGCAACAGAAACAACAAUAUAUAAUGGGAAACUAUCAAGCAGUUUCCGAUUUUAUGGGACCUUCUCAAGGAUCACCCGUUCGUCAUGUCCACUAUCCGACUCCUGGAGCUAAUUAUAAUCCUAUGUCACCUACAAAUCAAGGAGUUUAUAUGUAUGGACAACCAGCCAUGAGUCAAUAUCCUAUGCAGGGCUACAACAUGCCAUCGAUGAAUACUCUUCCGGUGCACAUGAUGCCAUCACUUCCUAAUCCGGAACAACAAUCAACAGAUCCAUCCAUUCAAGCACAAGAGAAUAUAAGUCGCGUGUCUAUAUCAGGCCCAGGAAUGAUGCCGCCCCAAAUGACACCACCUAUUCAGCAGCUUCAGCCACCGAGUAAUCAUCAGAUAGGAUCUCAACAAGGUCCUGCGAUACAUGUGCCACCAGGACAAGUAUCAGCAGGUAGACAUAUAUCGCCUCAACAAGGCGCCUCAUCCCAAUUGUCGCAACAGACUCCCCCUCUAACUCAAAUCGGAUUGCCUCCGAUGCCUCAAGGGCAUAUGGGCCCUUCAUCAGGUCCCGUAGCUGUGGGUGGUCACGUACCGACCGGUGCCGUAGUCAAUCUGCCGCCGCAAAUAGGAUCACAACAACCAUCUACAUUGCCACCUGGCACUCAAGGACCUCCAGGAUUAUCGGCGCACGUUUCCAAUACUGCUAUUUCGUCCCAACCUUCAGGUGUUAUUCAAGUGCCUGCCGGAGCUAGCAGUGGACCUGUUCCUACAAGUCAAACUUUACCCGGCUCCCAAACGUCUGGUGUACCAGUAAUGCAAGGAAUGACUCAAAUUCCUGCUGCGCAGGCAAUACCAUUUCAACCCGCUCCUCCAGUCUCAACUACAACCAACGCAACUCCGCAAGAUACAGAAGAUAAAAAACCUAGAACAGCAGAGCUAAUUUCUUUUGAUUGAAUAAAAUAUAAAUAUUAUAUACAGUACAUUUAUGAAGUAACAAAACAUGUUUUACUCUUCUUCAUCUUUCUAAAUCGGAAUAUUAUAAAGUCAAAAUAGCAGUUGCUUAUUUUAUCGAAUUAAAUUUUGUUUUUGGCAAUAAGCCACGAUUUUACAUUUGUUGAUUAUUGAUAUAAUACUAAAAUAUAUGUUCUUAAGAAAUGUAUGGACAAAAUAAAAUACGAAUAUGUAUUUAAAGA